AUGACUUCAAGAAAUAUAAUAUCAUAUUUUAAUGAUGUUCAAACGGAGAAAAAACAAUUAUCAAGUAAUUGGUUGUUAAUACAUAAUGAAAAAAGUUAUUGGGAUCAUAAGGAUCAAAGUUAUUUAUCAUUUAUAUUGUCAUUACUACCAUUAUUUUUGAUAAGUGUAAUACAUUUAUCAAUUAUACUGAAUGGUUAUUAUAUUGGGCAUUUAUUCUUAACAAUAUCAUAUUUGCUUUCCAUUUGUUUUUUUAUUAUAUACUUUUACAAUUCUUAUACUAUAUUUAUUUUGUUUGUAUUUUUUUCAUUUAUAAUAUCCUUGUGCUUACAUGAGUUUGCUCAUGCUUUAGUUGCUUACAAAUAUGGCGAUAUUACCAUGGUUUAUAAAGGGUAUUUAUAUUUGGACAUUUUUAAUUAUUUGGACAUAUUCCAUACAUUGAUAAUACCAUUAAUAACAUUAUUUAUAACAGGAUUUGGCAUACCAGGAAAUUUAUAUUGGUUACAACUGCAUUUUAUAAGAAGUAGAUUUCAGUUAUCUUUUAUAUUUUUGUCUGGUCCAAUAUCAGAUAUUUUAUAUAUUUUACUAUUUGUUUUUUUUUAUAACAUGUACACUUUUUUUAAAAAUAAUAUAAAAUUUAAUGUGAAGCCACAUCCUGCUUUAUUCAUAUCUUUAGCAACAUCAAUAUCUUUCCUAGUAGAAUCAUUUCUUUUAAAUAUUUGUCCUAUUCUUGGAUUUGAUGGAUGGGGGGUUAUCGAGCCAUAUUUGCCUUAUUUCUUAAACGAUAUAAUCAACGAAGAGAUUGUGUACAACUUCUUAUCUUACGUGUGUCCACUUCUUGUUUUUAUAUAUUUUAAUUUUAUUGAGACAAAAUUUUUUUUUUUCACAAAAAUUACAAAUUAUAUAUUACAAGAUCUUUUGGGAAUUGCAAUAGAUCAUGCAGCCUUUGGCGCCGAUUCAUUUCCAACAUUGUAUUCAUAUCUCAAAAAAAUGUGA